GUAAGGAAGCAGCUUGACUUGAGAUCAACGUGCUGGAGAAGAUCAACGAGAAAGACUCUGACAACGAGAACCUCUGUGUCCAGAUGUUUGACUGGUUUGACUACCAUGGCCACGUGUGCAUCUCCUUUGAGCUUCUGGGCCUUAGCACCUUCGAUUUCCUCAAAGACAACAACUACCUGCCCUACCCCAUCUACCAAGUGUGCCACAUGGCCUUCCAGCUGUGCCAGGCUGUCAAGUUCCUCCAUGAUAACAAGCUGACGCAUACAGACCUCAAACCUGAAAAUAUUCUGUUUGUGAAUUCAGACUAUGAGCUCACCUACAACCUAGAGAAGAAGCAAGAUGAGCACAGUGUGAAGAGCACAGCUGUGCGGGUGGGAGACUUUGGCAGUGCCACCUUUGACCAUAAGCAUGAUAGCACCAUUGUCUCCACUCGCCAUUACCGAGCACCAGAGGUCAUCCUUGAGUUGGGCUGGUCACAGCCUUGUGAUGUGUGGAGUAUAGGCUGCAUCUUCUUUGAGUACUGUGUGCGCUUCACCCUCUUCCAGAUCCAUGACAACAGAGAGCAUCUAGCCAUGAUGGAAACGAUCUUGGGUCCUACCCCUUCCUGGAUGAUCCGAAAGACAAGAAAGCAGAAACAUUUUUACUGGGGUCGCCUGGAUUGAGAUGAGAACACAUCAGCUGGGCACUAUGUUUGUGAGAACUGCAAACCACUGCGGCAGUAUCUGACCUCAGAGGCAGAGGAACACCACCAGCUCUUCAAUCUGAUGGAAAGCAUGCUAGAGUAUGAACCAG